GUUUGGCGCAUGUCCCCAAGGCUCAAAUUGUCUAUGGGCUCAAUGUUAUUGCUGAAUGUUGUCGAAUGGCGAAUCAUUUGUGUAGUGGAAUUUGACAGUAUGUUUUGUUGAUCGUCUUCGAAAUGUUUAUUUUUGCUUUUUAUAUUUUUUAUUAAUUAGAAGUGUUGAAUUUUAUGUGAAAUUUUAUAAAAUAUGUGAUAUAUGUUAGUAAGGAAAGGUUUUGUAACUUGUAAGUAUAAACUGUGUAAAGUUCUACGCUUGCCGCUUCGAUUUACUAAAUUCUUAUCAGAAACAUGGAAAUGAUCAGUAUUGUUUUAUUAUUGCUAUCAAAAUGACGUAAUCUCGAUCGGUGAGAUUAUUAACGAUAAUAUAGUUUAUAAGUCCGAACGGACGCAAGCAAGGCCAGGCCGCCUCAGAUAGUAGUGGCAAUAUCAUCGUAUCAAAGUACGCAAAUCAAAGGUCGCUCUGAGGAUAUCAAGCGAAAAUGACUGUUAAAGGCAAACUCCUAAAAGCCUUAAUAUUGGGUGCUCCGGCAUCUGGAAAAGGUACGAUUUCGUCUAGAAUAGUCAAGAAAUACAAUGUGGAACAUGUUUCUAGUGGUGAUAAGCUUAGGGACCAUAUAGAAAAACAGACUGCGCUAGGAAAGGAAGUGAAAUCGUACCUUAAUGAGGGAAAACUUGUUCCUGAUGGUGUGAUGAUAAAGUUUAUGAUAGCAGAGUUGAAGAAAGUAGAUAAUAGACCUUGGCUUUUAGAUGGUUUCCCUAGGACUGUGGCCCAGGCCAAUGCUCUGUGGAAAGAACAGCCUGUGGAUGUGGUGUUAAACUUAGUAGUACCGUUUGAUGUAAUUAUUGAUAGAGUGAAAAGUAGGUGGGUCCAUUUGCCCUCUGGAAGAGUGUACAACAUUGGUUUUAAUACCCCUAAAUCAGAGGGCAAAGAUGAUGUAACUGGAGAGGAUUUGAUUCAGCGUCCGGAUGAUAAACCUGAAGCCGUACAAAAGAGACUGGAAAUAUAUGAGCAGAUUACUCGGCCCGUUAUUAAUUUUUAUAGAGAGAAAGGUAUACUUAAAGAGUUUGAAGGGAGAACCUCUGAUGAAAUAUGGCCCAAAGCAACAGCUUACUUAGAUCCUAUUUUCCUGAAAGUGUAAGGAGUUUUAAAUGUUGAUAAAGGGUUCUGUUAAAGCAGGGAAGUAUUUAUGCAGUGGGAAGUUAUUUCUCAAGAAAUAAAAACUAACAAGUUAUUUUAUUGUUUCAGAAAAAAUUGUAUGUUUAUA